AUGGCCGAGCGAGAUCAACGUAGUAAGAGAUUCGGCACGCCUUACGAGCGGCGCGUCGCUGGAGGCGAACGCAUAGCUCUUGGAGAUAUUACAGAGGGAAGUUUAGAGGAAGUCAGGCUCCGCGAAGAGAAUGCUGCCAAUAUCGAGGCUGGCAAUGCAAAUAGCGAGGAUGUGGAGGCAAACGACAACAAUGCAGACGAGAGCGACGCAGAACAGCCUGUACCUACCGCUACCGCUACCAUUGCAGCGAACGAGCACCGGCCAACGACGCCGCGCACGAUUGGUGCGCUUCCACAUCGUCCCUUACCGAGGCGCACUUCGAAUCCCGCGAGCAUUACGGGCACACCAAACCGCACGGCGACAGCGCCAGGGUCGGCUACUAAACGAACGCCCACUGGGCCAUCACCUCUUCUUCGUCAGGCGUUAACAGCAGCCUCUGCGCCGCCCGCUAGCACCUCCAGUCAGACGCUCUUCGACAGCCUUUCUGCCCAGCUGUCAAAUCCCAUUGGCUUAGGUCGACCGCAAAGUACGAACGCUCCCAUCAACUUCGCGAACCCCUUCACAUCCAGCGCACGCAGACCCCGAUCUCACUCUACGUUCGCCAGCGCAGGUCAUCAAACUACCUUUAGUGCUGGCCGCAAUCGCAGACUCGAUGGUACGGCAGAGGAGAACACAUCUCCCACUGCUCAUCUCAGAGGACAAGGUACUCAAAAUAAGCGUCGUCGGACCCAGUCUUCCCCAAUGUCUCCUGGCAGGCAAGCCAUGCAGCAGGAAGUCGACGAGGGCGAAGAAGACUUUCAGGAAAAUGAGAGUAUGGAGAACUGGAGGCAGAAGCGGAAGGAUCGAGUGCGCAGAGAGGACGAGAGCGAGGACGAUGUGGACGAUGAGGACGAUGAGAACGAUGAGAACGACGAGAACGUGGAUAGUGCAAUGAGUUGA